GGAUUUUCUUUCCACUUGUAGAGUAAAGAAAGAGGAGAGAUGAUAGUGAAAGCAGCUUUGCUGUUGGCCUGUACUCUGGGCAUCAGUGCGUUACCCCUGGAAGAACCUGAAGAUGGAGGCAAGCACUGGGUGGUGAUUGUUGCAGGUUCGAAUGGCUGGUACAACUACCGGCACCAGGCAGAUGUGUGCCAUGCGUACCAGAUCGUCCACAGAAAUGGCAUUCCAGACGAGCAGAUCAUUGUCAUGAUGUAUGAUGACAUUGCAGAUAAUGACGAAAAUCCAACAAAAGGCAUUGUCAUCAACAGACCUAAUGGCACAGAUGUGUAUGCAGGAGUACCCAAGGACUAUACAAAGGAGGAAGUUACUCCAAAGAAUUUCCUUGCUGUUCUCAGAGGGGAUGCAGAAGCAAUGAAGGGAAUAGGAUCAGGAAAAGUAUUGAAAAGUGGUCCCAAGGAUCACGUGUUUGUUUAUUUCACUGACCACGGAGCUCCAGGACUUCUGGCUUUUCCCGAUGACGACCUUCAUGUGAAGGACUUGAAUAAGACCAUUUGGUACAUGUACCAUCACAAAAAAUAUCAAAAGAUGGUAUUUUACAUUGAAGCAUGUGAGUCUGGAUCUAUGAUGAAUCAUUUGGCUGAUAACAUCAAUGUUUAUGCGACAACUGCUGCCAAUCCCAGAGAAUCAUCUUAUGCCUGUUACUAUGAUGAUGAAAGGCAGACUUACCUCGGCGACUGGUAUAGCGUGAACUGGAUGGAAGAUUCUGAUAUGGAAGAUCUAAGAAAAGAAACACUCCACAAGCAGUUUCAACUGGUGAAGAGACGCACGAACACCAGCCAUGUGAUGCAAUAUGGAAACAGGAGCAUCUCCUCUAUGAAAGUGAUGCAGUUUCAGGGCAUGGGAAAGAAAGCUAUCCCCAUUUCUCUGCCACCUGUAAAACACUAUGACCUGACUCCCAGCCCUGAUGUGCCUCUUGCAAUCAUGAAGCGAAAGCUGAUGGCUACUAAUGAUGUUUAUGAGGCUAAGAAGAUUGCAACAGAAAUGAAAACACACUUGGAGGCUAAAGAAUUUAUCCAGGAAUCUAUGCGAAAGAUUAUCACCUUAAUAACAGGAUCAAGAGAACAGACCAACCAAGUUCUGUCAGACAGGUUGACCAUCAGCAAUUACGACUGCUACCAGGCAGCAGCAAACCACUUCAAAGCUCGUUGCUUCAACUGGCAUCUUCCUGUGUAUGAAUAUGCAUUGAGACAGCUCUACGCAUUGGUCAAUGUUUGCGAAGGAGGAUAUCCCAUAGACAGAAUAUUCCUGGCCAUGGACAAAGUGUGCCUUGGAUCAAUGUAAACCUCAAAUUAGUGGAAACAACAGCCCUUAGUCCUUAGGCCCUUACUACAAGUGAUAACUUUUCAUAAGUGUAAUAAUCCAGACUUUACAUGCAUGCAACAUGAAGAGGGUCAACCACUGCAUCAGUCUCAAGUACUGUGUUGGGCAGCUGCCCAUAAGCAAUAUGGCACUUCAGUGCUCCCCCUGCCUCCCUGCUC